AUGGAGCCGUGGGAGGGACUUGAUAUAGACGAUAGUGAUCUCAAGGCUUUUUUACAAAAGUGCAACUCAAGUGCAACGUUGAUACCUGGACCUGCUGGAAAUGUACAAGCGGCCAUGCUAAACAGGGAGAUGGAUGAACCAAAAUCAACUCAGGAAUUUGUUAAUGAGAUUGCAAAGGCAACAUUUGUUCGGGACUUCAAAUCAAAUCCUUGGAUAUGGGCGGAAAAGUUCAUUAAACACCAUGGACUUGUUGAAGAUGGCAACAUUAACAACGUCACUCAGCUGGAACGCGUUAAGUCAAUGCAUGUCCUUCCAUUUGUAGCAUGCAUCGUGAAAGAGUGCAACCCAAACGGUUUGGGUGACAUGAAAAUUACUGUUAAGGAUCCAAGUGCCACGUUGUAUGCUUCGGUGCACAGGAAAGUCCUUCUACAUCCUGAGUUUGGUCAGGAUAUAGGAGUUGGUGCUGUGUUGUUAUUGCAAAGUGUAAACCAACUAACUCAUCAUCAAAAUUGA